AUGGAAACGCUCCCGGCUCUAUUACCGCGGAAGAAGUUUGCCUUUGCGUCUGCGGGAACAAAAUCAACGCACAAUUCUGUAUGUGUCGCGCGCAGCAUUAGUGACUUCAACCAGGAAAAGCGUCUUAGAAGGAAGCUGCGCCGUCAUCAAGACCACGAUAACGAGUGGACGUCAAGAGCGAUGGAGUUUGAAAAGGCGUGGGAGGACAACAACUCCCAAAAAGCCUAUGCUUUACUGAAACAGUAUAGCGGCAAAAUGAAAAGAUGUUCUCCUGUCCUCAACACUGCCAAUGGAGUAGCUGUCGGUGAAACAACCUUUCCAAUUUGGAGGGAACACUUCAAGGCCUUGCUAAACCGACGAGCACCGUCAGCUCCUGAGCUCGAACACGUUCAUAGACCGACGUAUGCGGUUAACGAGGGGCCACCGAUCGAGUCGGAGGUCCUGGUCUGUACUCAAAAAAUGAAGAAUGGAAAAUCUGGUGGAGACGACGGAAUUAGAGCAAAAAUGCUGAAAUGUCUCCCUCCGUCUGGGAUUCGUGAGAUGACAAAGAUCAUCCGUUCAACAUGGAUAGACGAAAAGAUUCCUGAUUCCUGGAGACACGCUACCAUAAUUUACCUCCACAAGAAGUUAUCCGUCACGAACCCUGGGAAUUAUCAAGGAAUCUCUUUGCUGCGUGUUAUGUACAAGGUACUGAAGUGA